AUGGAGGAUAAUGAAAUUGUACUAAACAUGGCCGCUUUAGGCAUUUUAGUCGUCACGAUUGCUGGUAAUGUAUGCAUUCAUAUUGCCAAGAUUCAUAGCUUUGGGCGUCGGUUGAAUUUGUUUCUGCCACAACAGAUUGUGCCUGUUGUCAUCAUGCUCCUCUUUCUCGCGAUGCUAUGUUGUAUGUCGCUGAUGGUCCCGGGAGCGAAAAGGUACAUAGGGUUGAGGUAUGAUGAAAUGCACAAAUCAGUUUCGAAAAAUAGACAUGUAGAGUGGGGAAGAUUUAGCAGUGAGGGACUUGAAAAUAUGGUGAAAGGGUAUUGGGUGAUGGCUCAAACUAGUAGUCCUCAGUUUGUUCUUGCAAGGUCUGCGAUUUCUUCGGUUUCUGCGCUAUUGUGUCUUUUCACAGCUCUAUUUUUGGUACAAGUUUGGUUUGUCAGAACUAGUCUUGUAGCUCAUGCUUCCGGUUCCAAUUUUAACUUGGCGUAUCUUGAUUCAAACUAUGGCCCAUCCGUCUACUGGAUUUUAACCGUUCAGACUAUUGGAGUGGCGAUGGGAACAAUUGCUCCGGUGCUGAGAUGGCUCGCUGCUUCGUGGUUCAUGAUUUCUGAGGCGGAGCGAAGUAGCUUUAGAGAUGAACUCAAGGUUGACAAGUACUGGACUUGGAGGCUGGAAGAGUGGAGAGACAGACCACUUCCGUUUCAUGUUCAAAACCGCGUAGGCAAGAGGAUACUUCGCGAUGUUGUGAGAUUUGUUCUGAACUUCUGCAUUGGAGUUCAGAUUCUCUUUGUUUCAGCUGGGAAACUAGUUCUAUUCAUCUCUUCUAGAUUUGGUUGUGUGGUUUUCUUCUGUUUCUGCAAGAAUAAAAAAAGACCUGUUUCCGUGGGAGCACAAGUGGAUUUUAGCCAAUAUGUUCUUCUACUUGAAGGUGAGCCGUGGUUGCCUUAUAAAAUCCUCAAGAACAUCUGCAACGAGGCGGAUAAGCUGACACGUGUAGGCGAAGAAAAGCAGCCAAGAAACUUGAUCCAGCUUCUAAAGAAAUCUUCUAACUUCAAAGGGGUGGGACGAUUUGACAGCAGCCAUGUUCCGAGCUUGCAUUCUGAAGAACCUCCGAAUUGCUGGUCUAUGCCCGUGGUGACUUUGACAGCCAUUUCAGUUGCUCUUACCAAAUUCGCGGAUGAGAAGGCUAACCAGUUACUGGUUUGUGUCAGUGAGGGCUUGCAUAUCGUGAAGCUCAUCGAGGAAACUCUAGACAGAAUUGGAGAGUUAGAAAGCAUCAGAAAAGCAGCAGUUGUUGUUUGGAUUGGAGUUGGAAGUGUAUAG